AUGCGCACCGCAGCCGCCAUUGCUCUCGUCGGCAUCGUCGCUGCCAACCCAGCCCCGGCACCCGCGCCUACGGCCGCGGCCUCGCUCAACUCGCGCACCGCCUGCGAAGUCGACUACGACCUCGGCCGGCCCCUUCAACCACCCCCAAACCUUAAAACAUGGCUCCGCUCGGCCCAACCCCCCGACGCCUGCACCGACGUGAUGCCCGCGCGGCUGACGUCUGCCUGGAUGGCGUACCUGGGCCAGCUGUCGAGCUUUGUCGCGCACGCGGCGGACAAGACGGCGUCGCUGACGGACCUCUGCGGCUCCGCGACGUACACGGUGUCGAUUGAGUUUUGCGCCACGCAGGGCAAAAUUGUGGUGACGGACGAGGAGAGCGGCGACGCGGUCACGACGGUGGCGAAUGGCGUGCGGGAUCCGGGCGUGGUGGUGCUGACGUCCAAGGAUGGCAAGAUUGGGGUUGCGAGCGCCGAGGCGACGGCGACGACGACGAGUGAUGAUGGAGAGCCGGUGGCUACAAGUAUAGACGGCAGUAGGAGUAACAGCGGUGUGGUAAGGACGAGCAGCAAGGGAAGUGCGUCGAUGACGACGGGUGCAGCGACUACAGGUGCGGUGACGACGUCGGGUGACGCGAGCACGACGAGCGCGUCGGCCAGCAGCACCGGAACCCCCAAGCCCAAGGAAAACGCGGCCGGCAAGAUUGGCGCUGGUGCCGCGGCUGCGGCUGCUGGCAUUGCCGUCUUGGCUCUCUAA